AUGGUGUUGAACAAGUUCAAGCCCAAGAUGGGCGCUGUUGCGAACAAGUCUGCGGACCUCGAGGUCGCUCAGGCUGAGGCUCCCCAUCUGGCACGAGUUGACUGGAAGUCCGACCCUGGUCUCAGGAAACUGUACUUCUGGGCCUUCAUUAUCUGUAUCGCUUCUGCGACUACUGGUUACGAUGGAUCCAUGUUGAACAACCUGCGUAUCCUCGACCACUGGACCAACUACUUCCACGAUCCCAAGGAAUCAACUCUUGGUCUCCUGACAGCUCUCUACUCGAUCGGUUCCAUCGCCUCGCUCCCAGUCGCUCCCUUCGUUGCUGACCACUUCGGUCGCAAGUCUGCUAUCGCUGCCGGAUGUUUUAUCAUGAUCGUUGGAGCUGCUAUCCAGGCUGCCGCAAAGAACCUCGACUACUUCAUGGGAGGACGUUUCUUGAUGGGUUUCGGCAACUCGCUUGCCCAGCUUUCAUCUCCCCUGCUGCUUACCGAGCUUUGCCACCCUCAACACCGUGCUCGUGUUACCGCCGUCUACAACUGUCUGUGGAACGUUGGUGCUAUCGUCUGUACCUGGUUGACUUUCGGUACCAAGCGCAUCGACAACGACUGGUGCUGGCGCAUUCCCGCCCUUACCCAGGCUUUCCCCUCCGUCGUCCAGCUGGCUUUCAUCUGGUUCAUUCCUGAGUCUCCCCGUUGGUUGAUCUCGAAGGAGAGGAAUGAGGAGGCUCUUGCUAUCCUCGGCAAGUACCACGCCAACGGCGAUAUCAACAACCCCACUGUCCAGUUUGAAUAUGCCGAGAUCAAGGAGACUCUUCGCCUCGAGUUUCAGUACAAGAAGACCUCCUCUUAUCUCGACUUCUUCAAGACCCGUGGCAACAGGUACAGGCUCAUGCUCCUCGCAUCUCUGGGUCUCUUCUCGCAGUGGUCCGGCAACGGUCUCGUCUCCUACUACGCUACUGAUGUCUACAAGUCCAUUGGUAUCACCGACGGCGACACUCAGCUCGGUCUCAAUGGUGGUCUUACUAUCCUCUCGCUCAUCGUCUCCGUCUCCUGCGCUCUUCUCUGCGAUAGGGUCGGUCGCCGUCCGCUCUUCAUUGCCGCUACUGCUUCCAUGUGCGGUACCUUCAUCAUCUGGACAAUUUGCUCGUCGCAGCAGGAAGCCAAGCAGAGCAAGGCUGCUGGUCAAGCUGUAAUUGCUAUGAUUUGGAUCUUCUCUGUCGCCUACGCGCUGGCCUGGUCUGGUCUGCUCGUCGCCUACACUGUCGAGAUCUUGCCCUUCAAGAUCCGUGCUAAGGGUCUCAUGAUCAUGAACUUGUUCAUUCAGGUCGCCCUGACUAUCAACCAAUACGUCAACCCCUACGGUUUCGAGUACCUCCAUCCAACCUGGAAGUUUUACACCAUCUACGCUGUCUGGAUUUUCCUUGAACUCAUCUUCGUCGUCUUCUUCUACGUCGAGACCAAGGGUCCCACUCUCGAGGAGAUUGCCAAGAUCUUCGACGGCGACGAGGCCGAGGUUGCAAUCAUCGAUGCCGACAAGGUUGGACAGGACACUAUCGGUUCUGAAUACGAGAAGCAGGGUGAUGUUCACGUUGAGUCUGUCCGUCACUAG